ACAUCUCCAGAAUACCAGAAACUGCAGGAUUCUGGUUCUUGUUAUGAGUCUCUUGCUCUCCAUCUCGGCAGGAAAAGGAAGGAAGCAGAGUACACACUGGGCUUCUGGAAGACCUUCCCUGGAAAAAUGACGGAUUCCUUGAGGAAGCCAGAGCGUCGGCUGCUGUGUGAGAGUAGUAACAGAGCCCUUUCUCUGCAGCAUGCUGGCAGGUUUUCUGUGAAUUGGUUCAUUCUCUUUAAUGAUGUCCUGGUUCAUGCCCAGUUCUCCACGCAUCACAUAUUUCCUUUGGCCACACUAUGGGCAGAGCCACUUUCUGAAGAAGCCGGUAAUGUGAAUGGCUUAAAGAUAACUACACCUGAAGAGCAGUUCACUCUCAUUUCAUCAACACCUCAGGAAAAGACUAAGUGGUUACGGGCUAUAAGCCAAGCUGUGGAUCAGGCUUUGAGGGGAACAUCUGAUUUUCCACCUUAUGGAAGUGGCAACAGUAUUCAGAGGCAGGAACCACCCAUUUCACGCAGUGCUAAAUAUACUUUCUACAAGGAUCCACGCCUGAAAGAUGCCACUUACAAUGGACGCUGGCUUUCAGGGAAGCCUCAUGGCAGAGGGGUUUUGAAAUGGCCUGAUGGAAAGAUGUAUUCUGGCAUGUUCAGGAAUGGCUUGGAAGAUGGGUAUGGAGAAUACAGAAUUCCAAACAAAGCUCUAAACAAAGAAGACCAUUAUGCUGGCCACUGGAAAGAAGGAAAAAUGUGUGGCCAAGGAGUCUACAGUUAUGCCUCUGGUGAAGUGUUUGAAGGCUGUUUUCAAGAUAACAUGCGUCAUGGUCAUGGUCUCCUCCGAAGUGGAAAAUUGACUUCUUCUUCUCCCAGCAUGUUUAUUGGCCAGUGGGUAAUGGAUAAGAAAGCAGGAUAUGGUGUCUUUGAUGAUAUCACUAGGGGAGAAAAAUACAUGGGAAUGUGGCAAGAUGAUGUAUGUCAAGGGAAUGGUGUGGUAGUUACCCAGUUUGGAUUAUAUUAUGAAGGCAACUUCCACCUUAAUAAAAUGACUGGAAAUGGAGUUUUACUUUCUGAAGAUGAUACUAUCUAUGAAGGAGAGUUUUCUGAUGACUGGACUCUUAGUGGAAAGGGAACACUAACUAUGCCAAAUGGAGAUUAUAUAGAAGGUUAUUUUAGUGGAGAAUGGGGAUCUGGAAUAAAAAUCACUGGAACCUACUUCAAACCUAGUCUGUAUGAAAGUGAUAAAGACAGACCCAAAGUUUUCAGGAAGCUCGGAAACCUGGCAGUGGCACCAGAUGAGAAGUGGAGAGCAGUGUUUGAUGAAUGUUGGCACCAGCUGGGCUGUGAGAGCCCAGGCCAAGGGGAAGUUUGGAAAGCCUGGGACAAUAUUGCUGUGGCCUUGACUACCAAUCGGCGCCAGCACAGAGACAGUCCAGAAAUACUAAGCCGUUCACAGACUCAGACACUAGAGAGUUUGGAAUUCAUUCCACAGCAUGUUGGUGCCUUCUCUGUGGAGAAAUAUGAUGACAUCAAGAAGUAUUUAAUAAAGGCCUGUGACACUCCUCUGCACCCCCUGGGCAGACUUGUGGAGGCACUGGUUGCAGUGUACAGAAUGACGUAUGUGGGCGUAGGAGCCAAUCGGCGCUUACUGCAAGAGGCUGUAAAGGAGAUGAAGUCCUAUCUUACACGACUUUUCCAGCUAGUGAGGUUCUUAUUUCCUGAACUUCCUGAAGAGGGCAGCACAAUCCCUCUCUCUGCUCCUCUGCCAAUGGAAAGGAAGUCAUUUUGCACUGGGAAGUCGGAUUCCAGAUCGGAAUCACCAGAGCCAGGUUACGUAGUAACGAGUUCUGGAUUACUGCUUCCUGUGUUACUACCUCGGCUCUACCCACCACUAUUCAUGCUUUAUGCAUUGGAUAAUGAUCGCGAGGAAGACAUUUACUGGGAAUGUGUUUUGCGACUAAAUAAGCAGGCAGAUGUUGCUCUCUUGGGCUUUCUUGGAGUACAGAGGAAGUUUUGGCCAGUGACCUUGUCAAUCCUUGGAGAAAGUAAAAAGGUUUUGCCAACCACAAAAGAUGCUUGUUUUGCCUCAGCAGUGGAAUGUCUACAGCAGAUCAGCACAACCUUUACCCCAUCAGACAAACUUAAGGUCAUCCAGCAGACUUUUGAAGAGAUUUCUCAAAGUGUCCUGGCAUCCCUCCAGGAAGACUUCUUGUGGUCCAUGGAUGACUUGUUUCCUGUUUUCUUAUAUGUGGUGCUACGGGCCAGGAUUAGGAAUUUAGGCUCUGAGGUACACCUCAUUGAGGAUCUGAUGGAUCCUUACCUUCAGCAUGGGGAACAAGGUAUAAUGUUCACUACCUUGAAGGCAUGUUACUACCAGAUCCAGCGUGAGAAGCUUAACUAGGCUGCAUAACAGUUUGAAAACUACUGAGGAUUAGAGCACCAUCUGGAGUCUUUGUUGUGGAGAAAAAGAAUGGUAUUGAAAUUGGAAAGGACUUUGGUUGUUAUUUCUGAGCCUUACUAAUAAUUAGAGCCCUCAGCCCAGAAGAAAAAAAUCUGUGUAGUUUAAAAGGAGGAUGAAAAUGGAAGUAGAAGUCACAUCAGCCCAAUCCUUGGCCUAUGUUAAGUUCCCAAAAUUUCAUACAUUUACCAUUUGGAAAAAGGCUAUUUGUCCUAUAGUAAAGGGUGAAUCAGCUAAUGAAGUUGUAAGAAAAAUUCCUAGUACAGCUUCUUACAUUAAAGAAGUUGAAUAUUUUUGAGUUUCUGGUUUGCCUAAAUCCAUCUGCAGUUACCCCAGAUCCCUUGAUAAGAAGCAGAUGUACUGGAAACUUUAGUAGCCACACUAUGCCUUCCUAGACCCCUUCCAGUCAUGUGCAGCAUGCUUCUUUGCUGGGGGAGGGGAAAGAGGAAUUUUUAAGCUGCAGUUUUAACUUUUUCUAAGCUUUUCCACCAGGGUAUUCAUGAUGGGAGAGGUUCUAUGUAGUGACUUCUACAUCCUAACCCCAAACAUGGAAUGCUUCCACAUAGGAGUCAUUUGCCACCUGAUUAAAAAGAACAUAGGAAUUUUGUUUUUGGUUUCUUCACUGGGAUAGAGAGUUAAUACACUGGAAUUCAAACACUGACUCUGAACUGUUAUGGAACCUUACUCGUUCAUGUGCAAAUACUGUAUUUCAUCCUGCAACUGAGAGCCUGAUGAGCUUCGGCAAGGAGGCUGUUGUGUGGAGCUGAAGAUUGAGAAAUAAAGAAGGAAAAAACUGCAGUGAUCCCCAGCCUCGUGUUGUGGUUCUUCCCUAGACCUUGCAUCAAACUCACAGAUGGAAGAAAAGGAAACAAGCUUUGGCUUUUCCCAUCUGUCUCAAAAGUAUUGUGGCACCUCAAUAUUUUAGUGGUUUGCUUUUUAAAAAAUGUCCUGUUGUAGAUUGUUGGUGUACACUGUACCAGUAACACUAGUAGCUGUUUUGGAUAACAUAGGUGCUCUUCCUCAUCUCAUCUCUCACACACCACGGUGAACAUACAGUCCUGAUUUAUGUGAAGUGACUCAGCAGAUAUUAAUUACUUUUGGAAAAGGAUCAUGGUUUCUGCUCUACUUUAUAAUCAAGAUAAGUGUUUGUUAAAAAUACUGUUUCAGAAUGUUGGCUGUAAUGCAACAGCAAUUUUCAUAAUAAAAGACAUUCAUCUUUAUAAGGUUGUUUUAUGAUUACAAGAAUAAAACAGAGAGCACCCUAAAAAAAAAACUUGAUGGAAACCCAGCCUCAGUAUUUCUUUUGCCCACAUUGUGAUCUAUGCCUUUUUGGCCUCAGAAGGUCCUCUGAAGUUUUUAGAGAUCUCUCUCUUAAUCAAUACCCAUCAUUUCAGCAUCUUUGCUGGCAAAGAACCAAGUUCACUUUCUAAUUCUAAUAACCCAAAGGCAGGAGUCUUAAAUCUAUUACUUCUUUCAAUAAAAGGCAUAUUUUGAUAGUUA